GAUAUAAGUUGCGAUGGAAGAGGAACGUCGGAUUUGGUGUCUGUCCCCCAUUUCCAAUUAUAGAUGGAUCAUUACAGACAGAGAAGUACUGAGAAUCCAGACAUCUGCUCUUCACAUGAAUGCACUCACCUCCUAGAGAACAGCCUGCCAUCAUGCUCUGGAAACUGGUUGAAAAUGUCAAGUAUGAAGAUAUCUAUGAGAUGUUAGUCCACACCUAUUCCGCCAUGGACCGGCAUGAUGGAGUGCCCAGCCACAGUUCCAGGCUGUCCCAGCUGGGAUCCGUCUCCCAGGGACCCUACUCCAGCGCUCCUCCGCUGUCUCACACCCCGUCCUCGGAUUUCCAGCCGCCUUAUUUCCCACCCCCCUACCAGCCUCUUCCUUACCACCAAAGCCAGGACCCUUACUCCCAUGUCAAUGACCCCUACUCCCUAAACCCCUUGCAUCAACCCCAGCAGCACCCCUGGGGACAGAGGCAGAGGCAAGAGGUGGGAUCAGAAACCGGGUCACUGCUGCCACAGCCUCGGGCCGCCCUGCCCCAGCUCUCGGGACUGGACCCCAGGCGGGACUACCACUCAGUACGGAGGCCAGAUGUCCUUCUGCACUCAGCUCACCAUGGCCUUGACUCCGGCAUGGGGGACAGCCUUUCUCUGCAUGGCAUCGGACACCCAGGGAUGGAGGAGGUCCAGUCAGUUGAAGAUGCCAAUAACAGCGGUAUGAACUUAUUGGACCAGUCUGUCAUUAAAAAAGUUCCGGUUCCUCCAAAAUCUGUUACUUCUUUGAUGAUGAAUAAAGAUGGCUUCCUGGGUGGAAUUUCAGUCAAUACCGGAGAGGUGUUUUGCUCUGUACCUGGCCGCUUGUCUUUGCUUAGUUCAACUUCAAAAUAUAAAGUAACAGUGGGAGAAGUUCAAAGACGCCUUUCUCCUCCCGAGUGUCUGAACGCAUCCCUCCUAGGAGGAGUUCUUAGAAGAGCCAAAUCGAAAAACGGGGGGAGAUCUUUGCGAGAAAGGCUAGAAAAAAUCGGUUUGAAUUUACCAGCCGGCAGGCGUAAGGCUGCAAAUGUCACUUUACUCACCUCCCUGGUGGAAGGUGAGGCCGUUCAUUUAGCCCGGGAUUUUGGGUACAUCUGCGAAACGGAGUUCCCAGCCAAGGCUGUUUCUGAAUACCUGAACAGACAGCACACGGACCCCAGCGACCUCCACUCCAGGAAAAACAUGCUGCUUGCUACAAAGCAACUUUGUAAAGAAUUUACAGAUCUCUUGGCCCAAGACAGGACACCCAUUGGAAACAGCCGGCCCACCCCUAUUUUGGAACCAGGCAUUCAGAGCUGCUUGACUCACUUCAGCCUCAUCACUCAUGGCUUUGGGGCCCCUGCUAUCUGCGCCGCCCUCACGGCCCUUCAAAACUACCUGACUGAAGCUCUCAAAGGCAUGGACAAGAUGUUCUUGAACAACAACACUGCUAACAGGCACACAUCUGGCGAAGGACCAGGUAGUAAAACUGGAGACAAGGAAGAGAAACACAGAAAAUGAGAGGAAAAAAAAAUAAAGAAAGGAAAAGAAAAGAAUAAAAAGUUAAAUAAAAGGAUAAAAAAGAGAGAGAGAGAGAUAAUCUUUUAAAACAAAACCGUCUUAAUUUUAGCUUUAAAAAUAUUGGAUUGGGCUUUGGAAGAAUUCUAUUAGGUAGGACAAAAUAAUAAUAAUUAAAAAAAUAAUAAUAAUAAAAGAAAGACAAUAAUUUAAGAUCAGAGGAGCACAAUGGCGCAAGACCAGUGGUUCAGAGUCUCUUGCCAGGAACAUGUGAAGACAACCACCAGGAUUUUUUUUCCCACUUCUGUUCUUUCACAUUUUUUAAAUAAUGAUUUGGGGAGGGGAGGGGGGAAUAUAAUAAUAAUUAAUAAUAAUAAUAAAAGAAAGAAAUGAAUAACUUAUUGGAAGAAAUUGGAGAAACAUUUUUGGUGUCAGUGCUUUGAUUUCUUGAGCUGCACGGUCUGACUUACUAUUAUUUUCAUUUAUUCUUUUUUUUUUUUUUUUUUGAAUGAUGUCCUGUCUCCACCCCAGAUAAAAUGAUCUUCCAGAGCGUUCCUUUCUGAGCAGCCCCAUCACCUUGUUCCCCACCUUUCCCAUCUCAUCUCACCCCUUGUCUCUGUCUAGACUAGGAAAGAAGGGCAGGCAAGUGCCCAGGCUACCCCAGACCCCGCACGAAGACAUGAGCCUUCGUUCAUGGCAGUGUCUUCACUUAAUGACAUAAUAUGGGAUGCUUCAAGUCAUGGUAGUUCAAUCAAAUUAUUUAAGAACCUUAUAUUUUUUUUUCCUGGUCUAGACAGACUUUGUUUAGACUACCAACAUUUACAGGUGUGUAUGUGCACGUGUGUGUGUAUGUGUGUGCAUAUGCGUAUGCACACACAUAACCUGAUAGGGGCGUGCGUGUAUAUUGUGUAUGUUUGUAUAUAUAUAUGUAUAUAUCUGGAUGUAUACAUAUAUAUAUAUAUUUAAUAUGUGUGUAUCACCACACAUAUCCAUGCAUGCAAACAUACCUUUGUAAUUUAGUACUUGUCUUCAGCGGUAAAAUGCCUUGUCUAUAAUGGGUUGCAAAAUUUGAAAGUAAGGUCUGCUACAAUAUCAGUGCUGUCUGAUAUCUUAAUUUUCUGAUAUCUCCUCUUUUUCUCUAGAGAGUUUUAUGUUCCUAACUAUGCCAAUGUUUCAGUCUUUAACUUCCUUGAGUAGUGUGUGUGAGAGAGAUCUUUCCCCAUUUUUAAAGAACUGUUAAGAACAACAACAAAAAAAUGAGUGAUAUGAGUAUGUAAUUCUUUCUCAGGAGUAUGCACUAUUUUAUUUUCUUCUGUUUCCUAAAGCUUUGCCCGCUUGGCUUAUGAGCUUCUUCAAAGAGGACUAGAGAUCCCUACACAAUAUAUCAGGUACAGCGAAAAAAAAUCCACAAUUCUGAUAUUCUGAUUUUUUUUUUUCUUUUUUUCAAAUCAAAGCCAGUUGUUUCAGAAUUCUGUAGGUGUACUUCUUUAAAGAAGCUCAAAGGGAAUAAUUUGAAGGAGCUAAAAACUAUAAGUUGAAAUUGAGGUGUAAUAUUGCAAAGAAAAUUAGAGCUGUUUUGAAUGUUACUGCACUUGCUUGUCACCAGGGGUUUGCACCCAGAGAGGAAAGGCCUUGCCAUUUGAGCUGGCUCCUUGUGAUGGGAGUGGGGAGGGUUUGCCAGGGAAUAUCCUGGUUUCUCAUCUCAGUCUGAGGAAAUAUGUUUCUCUUAGAAAGCUUUUCAAAAAUGUCUUGUGACUCUUGUUUUGGAAUGAGUCGGUGUGGUAGGGGGAAAACUUCUUAACUCCGAUGUUUUUCUCAGUGGUUUGGUGUGUGACAGGAUGUCUUAUGCUUAUGAUUUUGGAGGGGUGGAGGGGAAGUCUGAUUUCUUUCCUUUUUUUUUUUUUUUUUCUUUUCAUCUCUCUCUCUCUCUCUCUUAUAUGGUAAAAAUAAUGGUAAAGUGUAAGGAUGUGAAUUUCUGUUUGGAUUCUGCAGUACUGGGUAAUUGCAUGUAUUUCUCAGUGGGGCAGGGUUUGUUCACUAAUGCAUCUUUUUGCUCAAGUCAGAACAGUUUCUGGGUGUGUGUGGGGUAAAUCCUGUCUCUCCUGGAGUCACUGGCAAAACUCCAGUGGGGCCAGUCCUUCCCCAGGACCCCUGUUAAUUCUGCAGCACCUAGUGCCACCAACCCAGGCAGGCACACCUGUACUCCUAAUGGGAGAGAGAGAAACCUUAGCCUUGGCUUCAUUCCUAAAUACCUUCCAGAGUGGGUGGAUGGGAGAGAAAUCAUUUAGCAAUACUCUUCUCAACCUCCAACAAAAUAUUCUUAAAGCAAAGCAAAUGAACCUCAUGAUUCCCACCCAUAACAUCCUUAGCUUCCUAGGGGACGGCAGCAAGUGGAGGUCUCAGCCCUUGUCCCCUGCCUGUGGGUUGGACACGUGGCAAGAAAAGUCCAGGGACUGUCCUGCCUUGAUCAGCCCUAGGGAGCACCCACCCUUCUGGAGAUCCUCCUCAUCCAUGUAAAUUUGGUCCUGCUGGGGCAGAGUGCUCAUCUGGGGGGAAACUGAGGCAGGUGGCUUUGCCUAGGGAUUGCUGGGAUGACAUGGAGGUGGCCUUCAGCCCUGGUCUCUGGUCAACUUUAGGCAGGUCCCUGGCAGCCAGCAGUGGUUUCAGCAAUCAGCAGGUCCCUGGGGAUUUCCCUGGUGGAGGUGUAGAUCCUUGUGUUACAUAGAUCUCAUUGAUCCCCCACCAGGAUCCACACUGGGGCCUCCCAAAUUGAAGAGCAGCCCCAAGGCAGCCUCUGGCCCUCCAAAGCCCACCCCUUGCCAAUCACUCCCCUCCAUCCCCAUUUCAGCAACCCCCUGGGGAAGGAGAAACUGGGCUCCAGCACAGGGCAAACCCCAGCAGGGGGAUGUACGAGGAAGGGAAAGAGGACACGUGUGUGUAUGGGGAGGAAUGAAUGGCAUCACCUGAAAGUACAACUCCUUACUCUAGCCAUGGAAAAUAUUUACUGAAAUCCAUCUCAAAGCGUUGAACACUACUUUGCCUUGGUGAGGAGCCUGCGGGUCCAAACCCUCCAACAUCCCCAGCCUGGAGGAGCUCCUGGGCACUGGGGAGACCCCAAGUCAGAGCUCAGUCUUCCAUCUCCCCAGAUGCAUGCACAGGGACAUGGGGGACCUGCCCCUGUCACCCAGGAGCUUUCAGAUGAAGGGCCAGUGGGAUGCUGAGGAAUGCCCUUCUUUGUUUUGGGAGGGGUGCUGGGGAUGCUCCUUCCUUUUAAAUGGGGAAGACAACCUAGAGCAUCACACCACAACUGUGAAUUAAUGGGAAGAGGGAACUACUUCUCAGGGAAAGAUCUGCACACAUGUGUGAGGGCCUGAUCCUGCUGCUGAUGAAAUGUCCCCUAGGUGCAGGUUUGGUCUCCUGGAGCAGGACCUAAACCUUGGUAAGGUCAAAGAGAGAGUUUCAGUUGACUCCUGGUGACUUUGGAUCUGCCUCUUGUGCCUCCUACCUGGAAGAGACAGACAGUAAAUGCCAGGCUGUGCUUCGCUCAGAUGAAAGAAAGGCAAAUGUAAAAUCCCCAUUGAUUUCAGAGGGACUACCUUCCCCCACCUUUUUCUGGUUUUGUUUUAUGCUCCUUAAGGUCUGGAGACAAAGUCCUUGAGGCUCCUGCUUUAAAAACAAAGAGGGAAAAGCAUGGUGUAGGAGCGUAGCCAUCCACCUCUGCACUUCCCCAUAGCCUAGUGCUGGUCCCAGAGGGACUCAUCCAGUGCUUGGUGGCUGUGGGUGCUGAGGAUGGAGGUCUCCCCCUGAGUCUAAUUCCAGCCUCCUGCUGGAAAACAUUUUCCUGCUCCCCUGCACUUUCCCAGCCUGACUACUUGUCUUGGCUGGGCAGCUCAGACGUUUAUCUGAUAAUUGAGUUAUUAAAAGAUUUGGUUUCCUCGGGAUCAUAAAUCAAUAAACAGGAGGAUUAACACGGCAGCUUUGCUUUUUAACUCAAGGGAAAAGUUUGAGGAGAGACUGUGAAAAGUUUGUUUUCAAACCAAACAGGUGGGUUGCUGUAAAUUUUAUUUUAUUCUUAGUCUCUCUUUUCUUUCUUUCUUUCUUUCUUUUUUUUUUUUUUUUGGAUAACAACUCUGUUUUCUGUUGGAAAUAUCUUUGUUUUCGUACUCUCCCCGACUUUUUUUAUUUUAUUAUUUUUUUUUCCUGGUUGUUAUUCACACAAGGUGUGAAGGAAACAAGAAACCCAUUCUAUGGGAAACCUUUUCCAAUCCAGCGAUUUCUCUAAAAUCGGGUAGCGUCUUGUCCCACCUAAUAGAAAUUCUCUGUGAGAAGCUGUUUCAGGUCCCUCUGCAUCCCAGACCAACCUUCCCCCAAAUCCCCCCAUUUCCAUUUGGGGCUGGGUGGGGGGAGGCUGGUUUUUAAGACCGUUAGCUCUGCCCUAGGGAUUAUUCCCUUCCCCUGCUCAUCUCCUUCCGACCGGUUUAACACGCAGACCUAUUCGGCUCGGGUUUUAAUACGUUUCUCGGAGAAUUUGGUGCUCGGUUCAGCUGCCGUAAGCCUUGCCAGAUCGAUCCGGCCAAAAGCCCCUUCCCCUCCGGCUUCCCCGUGUGAAAGACCGUACGCUUUUUACAAAUAGUAUAUUUUCUUAUACAAAGAAAAAAGGAAAAAAAAGUAAAAGGAAAUAUCCCCAAACACACUGGCAAACGCCUGAACAUUUCGAGAGAGACGAAACAUUGUGUGCCAGCGAGAAAUAAAGGAGAGAAAAAUCAAACUAAUGCAAAGCUCUGAAAAAGCAGUUGAGAAACUGGAAAGAUGAAAGGAAAAAAAAAUCAUAUAAACACCGUUCCUUUCUAUGCCCCAAACGAUCCCUUUCACCUCCUCUUCUUGAAAAAUCUGACCAUGAAGUGAGAAAUAUCAGUUUAUCGACUCUUUCUGAGAAGAAAUGAGGAGAGGCAUUCAGUAUUGAGUUUGUAUAUAUUUAUUUAUGCUUAAUUUAACGGGAAUGUGUAAAUAUGGCGAGCAAGUAGUUUUUGGGUUAUUUAUCUGUGAAUCUAUACCUCUGUGAAUGGGUGGGGGAAUUUAAAAACAAAAA